CCAAAAGGUGGGUUUUAUGAGCAUUUCAGUUGAACUGGUGGUGGAAUCAAUGGAAACACCUUUUGAUUGAAGUCUCUUUUUUCAUAAGUGUUGACCUCUUUCCACAUCAUUCUCUCAAUCAUUUUCUUCUCUCAAAGUGUUGUUUUUGUUUGCUUUUUUCAAACAAGCGUUGGAUUCAGUAGUACUUCGAAAGCCAUACAACUAAAUACACUUCAAAACCAUUAUUAUAAUAGUGUCUGAAAAGCCCAAUGCCUGCCGUAAAUCAAUGAAAAACCGUCUCAUAAGUUGUCGGCUAUUUCUAUAUGCAGUAAAACGCGAUUCAACUUUUUAUUUGUCGGCUUUUAAAUAAUGGAUUUUACUUUUAUCUUAAAUUUUAAUUUAAUUUUAAUACAAGUGUUUGAAAUCGCGUUUAAUUCUCAUAUAUGUUACGCUCAAGAAAUGGAUGUCUAUUACGAAACACAUAAGUCUUUGAUAUUAGAGAACAAACUUCAAGAUCACGAUCACAGCGAAGAAGGGGUUUCUCUUAAUAGCUAUGCACUCGAGUCGAUGCCAUUGGAGAUCAUAAUUCUUGUGGAGAAAACGAUGGCUCUCUUAGUGUUCGACAAAACCGGUAAAAUGCUUGAAAAGUGCCAACUCUUUGAUCUCGAAAAAGACCAGUUGAAGGCCGAUAUGACGGCGUCGGCCACAGGACUGCCCGUCAUUAAGAGUGACUUCAACACAAUGAUGGAAGCGAUCAACAAAUGCCGCGAAUUAUCUGAAAAGUUGUCUCCCGUUUCGAGUUCAGAGCAAAUAUCGGCAAACAUUACUGAAAACUCGAUUUCACUGUUUUCUCUUUGGCGGGGAUUAAUACCCGGCACUAAAGUUAGUUUAGAGGGCAUUAACGCUAACUAA